AUGGCUGAAGUUAUUGCUAAAGAAGCUCGUGCUGCUUCUACUGUGCUUAAAACAUUAUCAAAUGAAGAAAGAAGUUCCGCUUUACAAGCUGUUCAUGAUGCUUUAAAAGUUUCUAAAAAUCAAAUAUUAGAAGCUAAUAUUAAAGAUAUGGAAGCUGCUCAAUCACAAAAUUUAUCUUCAUCAUUAAUCAAACGUUUAGACUUGAGUAAAGGUGAUAAAUUUGAUGUUAUGCUACAAGGUGUCUUGGAUGUUGCAGCUUUAGAAGAUCCAGUUGGUAAAAUUACUUUAGCUACAAAAUUAGAUGAUGGAUUAGAUUUAUUUAGAUUAACUGCACCAGUUGGUGUAUUAUUAAUCAUUUUUGAAUCAAGACCGGAAGUUAUUGCAAAUAUUACUGCUUUAGCCAUUAAAUCAGGUAAUACUGCUAUCUUAAAAGGUGGUAAAGAAUCUUUAUAUACAUUUACUGCUAUGGCUGAUGUUGUUAAUGAAGCAUUAUCUAAAACUUCAGUCCCAGAAAAAGCUGUUCAAUUAAUUGCAUCAAGAGAAGAUGUUGCUGCUCUUUUGGAUCAAGAUAAAUAUAUUGAUUUAGUUAUCCCAAGAGGUUCAAAUGAAUUAGUUCGUAACAUUAAGAGUAAUACUAAAAUCCCAGUUUUAGGUCAUGCUGAUGGUAUUUGUUCCAUAUAUGUUGAUAAAGAUGCUGAUUUAGAUAUGGCUUCUAAAAUUGUAUUUGAUGCUAAAACAAAUUAUCCAGCUGGUUGUAAUGCAGUGGAAACUUUAUUAAUUCAUAAGGAUCUAAAGGAUAAAAUUUCACAAAUUGUUGAUCGUUUAAUUGAAGGUGGUGUUACUUUACAUCCAACUAAAGAAGUUGAAUCAACAUUACCAUCAUCAGCUAAAAUAAUUUCAGCUGUUGAAGGUGAUUUUGAUAAAGAAUUUUUAUCUUUUGAUAUUGCUAUAGAUUUUGUUGAUUCUGUUGAAUCUGCAAUUAAUCAUAUUAAUUUACAUUCAUCAAAACAUACAGAAUCAAUCAUUACAGAAAAUAAACAAACUGCAGAAAAAUUCUUAAAAGCUAUUGAUUCUGCUGGUGUUUAUUGGAAUGCUUCAACAAGAUUUGCUGAUGGUUUUAGAUAUGGAUUUGGUACUGAAGUUGGUAUUUCAACAAAUAAAAUUCAUGCAAGAGGACCAGUUGGUCUUGAAGGUUUAGUUAUUUAUCAAUAUCAAAUAAGAGGUCAUGGUCAAGUUGUCGGUGAUUACUUAGGUGGUGGUGGUUCAAGACCAUUUAUUCAUCAAAAUAUUGAUGUUAAAAAUGUUUCAUUAUGA